AUGAGUAGUAAUAACGCAGUGCAGAAUGCUAACAAAUCAUCAAAGGGAGGCAAAUCACUAAGCAAAUACAAAAUUGUAUUUUUAGGUGAACAAGGUGUUGGUAAGACAUCUUUGAUCACGAGGUUCAUGUACGAUACAUUUGACGACCAUUAUCAAGCCACUAUUGGGAUAGAUUUUUUAUCCAAAACCAUGUACCUCGACGAUAAGACAAUAAGAUUACAACUGUGGGAUACUGCAGGACAAGAAAGAUUCAGGUCAUUAAUUCCAUCUUACAUCAGAGACUCAAAAGUAGCUAUUGUCGUCUAUGAUAUCACUAAGAAGAAAUCGUUCGAAUUCAUUGAUAAAUGGGUCGAUGACGUUAAAAAUGAAAGAGGUGAAGAAAAUGUUGUGCUUUGCAUUGUUGGUAAUAAGAAUGAUCUGGGUGAUGAAAGACAGGUUUCAACUGAAGAAGGAGAGGCUAAAGCUAAGAAAUUGGGUGCUAAAAUUUUUAUGGAAACUUCUACAAAAGCAGGUUAUAACGUUAAAAACUUAUUCAAAAGAAUUGCCAAAUCAUUACCUGAAUUUCAAAGUGAAAAUACCGAUGAAAGUUCACUAGACAAUAAGCUUAGUUCAAACACUGGUGGAAAUAACUCAAGUUCAAAUGGUAAAGCAGGCGUCAUAGAUAUAUCUACCACUGAUGGUCAAGAACAGAGUAGUUGUCAAUGUUAA